UCAAAUCUUAUUAUUCAUGUGAUUAUCCCAAAGCCUUAUAAAACCAUCAUUCCCACUUAAUGAACAAACAUAAUAUACACAAAGAUCUUUCACACACACACAAAAAAAAGAAAUCAUGUCUUCCCUUUCUCACUCAAUUCUUCCCUGCUUGUUCUUGUUCAUGUUCUUCUCCAAUUUCCCCAUCACUCAAUCUUCCAACAACAACAAUACAUCUUCCCUAAUCUACAAAACUUGCAAAGCUAGCUCUGAGCAAGACCCCAACAUCUCCUUCAAUUUCUGCGUGACAUCUCUCAAACCAGCGGCAACCAAGCACAGGCACGGUGACACCAGUCUCCGCCGCCUAGGCCUCAUUACCAUCUACUUGAUUCGACACAACAUGAGUAACACGCGCCACCAUAUCAAGAAGUACUUGCAUAAAAACAAAGGCCCCCGUGACCCGUUCGUUAAGUUGUGUUUGACUGAUUGUUUGGAACUUUAUUCCGAUGCGAUCCCGACGGUGAAGCAAGCAAGGAAGGACUACAAGGCCGGGCGAUACGCGGAUGCGAACUUGAAGAUCAGCUCAGUUAUGGAUGAUUGUUCAACAUGUGAAGAGGGGUUCAAGGAGAAAGAUGGGGUGAUUUCACCAUUGACUAAUAGAAAUCAUAAUGCCUUUGAAUUGUCGGCUAUUGCACUGUCCAUUAUCAAUAUGCUUUGUUGAGAAAUUCCCUCCCCCCAACAAAACAAAAAAAAAAAAAAAAAAAAGAACUAUAGCAAGAGAUAAUUUCAUUAAAUUUACCUCUUUUUUUUUUUCAAAUUUUAUUUAAAGAUUUGAGCAAAAGUAGAUAUGUUGUAAUAAGAAAACACUCCACACCCUAUUGAUAUAUUAUAUCUUAUAUUCACUAUACUUUUAAUUUGUA